AUGACAUUGGAGGUCAGCAGCUUCCCCUUAUCACCACCAAGUCUAGAAGACAUCGCCGGGAACUUGCAAACAGUUCUAUCUUCCAGUUUUCAAUCCGCCACUGUCAGUGUCGUAACCUCUCCCAAUUUCACCGAGGCACCAUUCUACCUCGCCGCCGAGGGACUUGCGGGUGAUGCUCGCGUCGUCGAUGUAGGAGGUCCAGGAAACCUCUACCCUCUACCCCUAGCAGACAAGUCAUGGUCCUUGAAGGAAGUGGCCAAGGCAAUUGGAUUGAGUGCCGACAAGGGAUCCCUGCUUGGUGCGGCAGGUGGCCCUUAUGUUGACCUGGACUACAACACGGAACUCGCAGCCAGUUUGAGCUGGGAAGGGGAAUUCGACAACCUCAGAAACGAAGCUCGAUAUAUCCAGGUUACCCCUUCGGGUGACAUCCAUGUGGACAAGAGCCCUAGCGACAACAUUGGCCUGAUGGGCAAUUUCUACGGUUCUCUAGGAGAGCCAGGGCUCGUACUGAAGAUCGAAGCUGAACAACCGUAUGUCACGAAUAUCAGCUUCAGUGAAACCGUGCGUCAGGGUGUCCAUUCAAUCUACGGUGACGACGUGCCAAUCAGCUUGGGCGGGGUGUUCCUGGUCAAGUCAGGCAAUGCGAACUACCACAUCAUGCCAAAUUUCCCACCGGCGAGCGAAGUACCAUGGUCAAACACCGUCGAUUUCAACAACUGGCUACAGUGGCGUGAUUUCGAUAGUCCCGUUGUUUGCCUGUCUGUACUUCACUCGGCGGAUCCAGGCUUGAGAUUGCGCCUGGAGCAUUCACAUUGCUUCUCGCGUGAGACGGACAGCGUGGGAGGGCACUAUCACAAUGGCCUAGAUGCGAAUGCCAAGUAUGAGGCAUAUUUCAAUACAGCUCAAGUGAUUUAUCGUGUAGAUCCAGCCGAGGGGGAUGGGCCAUGA